AUGGUCCAAACCAAUAUUCAAGUAGAAUGCGCGCCAACUUUAAGAACUAUUAAGACAGGUUGCUAUAAGUCCUGUCCUCCGUGUGCUGCUGCAAGAUCAGUUGAUUGUGCUUGCACUGAAAUAUGUUAUUAA